CACAUGCUGAACUGAAAAUACAUAUAGAAUUGGCGAUUGAUUAUCAUCUUCCUACACACCAUGGGGGGUUCUAAGGCACAAAGGCGAAAGAGGGGAAAGCAUAGUAACACAAAAUCAAGAAAAAAUGAGGAUGGAACAUCAAUGAGCAGACAAGAAUUUCAAGAUUUGGUGGAGCAAAGAAGGCAGGAGAAGAAAGCAACUAAGAAAACCUCCAGUCAAUUCAGUAUAGAUCAACUGCUUGAAAAGGUAGAUGAAUACCUGGAUACCUUUGAGUAUGAGAUGGCUCAGAAGUUCUGCCAGAGGGCGCUACAGAUGGAACCUGACAACGUGCGAGCUUUGGAGUCAUCUGGAAACCUGUUGGCAGAGCUUGGUGAUACAGACGGAGCAAGGAAAUGCUUUGGCCGUGCAAUAACAGUAUGUCCUGAAGAAGGUUUCUCUAAGUACAUGUACAUGGGUCAGCUACACGAAGGAUUAGAAGGGCUUCAAUUCUUCCAGAAAGGUGUCGAGCUGAUGAUUAAAGAAAGAGAUGGAGAACAGAAAGAAGAAAGUGGCGCAUCAUGUUCCUCAGAGAGCAGUGCUUCAAAGGUUACCAAUGCUGAUAUAUGUAGAGCGUACUGUUCUAUUGCUGAAAUCUUCCUGACAGAUGCUUGCUUUGAAGAAGACUCCGAUGAGAGAUGUAAGGCAGCUAUUGAUCAGGCCGUCAAUGAAGACCCUCACAGUCCGGAGGCACAUCAACUCCUAGCUAGCUACUGGCUUAGUAAAGAUAAUAAACAGGAAGCCAUAGCUUCCAUGAAGAAGAGUUUAUCGCUAUGGCAGUAUCUAGAAGGAGAUGGAGAAGGAGGUGGUUCUAAUGAUGACAUCAUAGUUGAGCCUAUCUUGAGCUAUGAGAACAGGAUAGGAGCAGCCAAGAUUCUUAUGGAACUGGAGAUGUGGGAUGAAUCAGAAAAUGUUCUUCAUACCCUUUUAGAAGAGGAUGAUGAAGUAGUCCAGGUCUGGUAUAUGUUAGGCCUGGUCCAGCAUGAAAGAGGACUAGAGCAAUGUAAACCACAAGCAAGGUAUUACCUUCAUAAAGCUAAGAAGCUCUACUGUGCUCUAAGUUGUGAUGAUGAGGAGGUCUUGGUACAUAUAGAUGAGCUUCUGACAUCACUGGGCCCAGGGGAAGGUGAUCAGGAUGAUUGGAUGGAAAGGCAAGGAAAAGAAGAGGAAGAAGAGGAGGACGAAGAAGACGGAGAUAUAGAUAGUGAAGCAUCGUCUGAUGAAGAAGAAGAAGAAGAAGAAGAGAUGGAACAUUGACAUAGAAUGUUACAAUAUUAUUUAUAGAAAAGAACGUCUUCAAAGCAACAACAAAAUGAGAGAGAGAGAGAGAGAAAAAAAAGGCUCUACCUUAUUACAUCUGUGGAAUGACCCAUUUUAGUUUCAGCACAGACUGCAAGUUCUGGUGGAGAAUAGGAAACUCCUUUUUUUAAAAUCCCUAUUUGAUUAUUGAUAAUAUUAUGCAUGCAGAUUUAUAUGGACAGAAGUGUAAUUCUACUGAUGAUAAAGCAUAGGAAGGCUUGAAUUGAAUUUUUAUGCAAGAUUAUGCAUUAACCUUAUAAGCAUUUAAAUAAAGGAUAGAUUACCGUGUUUUUAGCUUAUUGUAUUAGAAUUUUCAUUAUUUUUUCUUUUAUCAGAGGAAUUUUAUCUGAACAGUAUUUAGACAAACAUAUUGUAAUCAAGGCUUGAAAGUAUACAUGAAGAUGGAUUUUUUUAAAAAAUGAAAUAAUUCAAAGAAAUGAGUGUGCAUUUUCUAAAUUGUUUUUUACAUAAAAUACAAACAUUCGUCCAGUUUACAUAAGACACUAGACAUUUUUGCUGGAUUUUUUAAAUUUAGUAAAAAGAUAUUAG